CAGGAAGGGAAGGAACAAGGAGUAGAAGCAGAGGCAGAUAGGAGGAGAAGAAGUUUUCGUUCGUUCCGGCCACGGCCAGCGGAACACGACUGGCUGGCAACUAAAGUACACAGUUUAUCCAAUCGUUAUCCGUGGUGAAACGUAUUUAACGCGGUGUGCCGUACGAGAAUAUAUUUGGUAACACCUUAUCAGUAGAUCUCAGAGAUAACGACACGUCCAGGCCGCCUGAUAGAAGCGCAUAGUAUCGACCCAGAGUGGCAGCGAAAGUCUACUGGAGGUGGCUGAAGCGCGGAGAGGGAAAGAUAGCACGCCGGCGGGUGACCGCCAGUUCCGAUCAGUAGUGUACAACUCAUUCGCUCGAGCGGUUGUGUGACGCAAUCAUUCCGUUCCCGUGUUCCGUCCGGGUUCGUCCGAGUUGGAAGCAGCCCUAGCAGCCGUGUGUGUUUGUGUGUGUAUUUGUUUGGUGGAGGCUCUUGUGGUGUGGCGUUAGUGGUGAAGUGGCCUGACUGUGUGCAGUGAACAGCUAAAUUACACCUGGACCGAUAGGAAUGUCGUCGAAGAGUAAUAGUACCGCCUCGAACGGUUCGACAGCAACGGCCACGAUGGCGGCCAACGGGACGCCCAAGUACGAGGCACGUCUCUGCCACGUGGUGAAGCGGCCCGACUUCGAUGGGUACGGGUUUAAUUUGCACGCCGAAAAGGGACGCCCGGGCCAGUACAUCGGCAAGGUGGACGACGCAUCGCCGGCGGAAUCGGCCGGCCUGCGCCAGGGUGACCGCAUCAUCGAGGUGAACGGUACGAACAUCACGACCGAAACACACAAGAAGGUGGUGGAGCUGAUCAAGGCCGUGCCGAACGAGACGCGCCUGCUGGUGAUCGACCCGCGGGCCGAUGCAAACGAUCUGAAGCUUGCCCUGGCCAAAUCGGCUGCUGCAGCGACGGCGGCAGCUACGGCGACGCCGGUAGCCACAAACGGAACUGCAAAUAAUAACAACAACACAAUCAGCAACGGUACGAGCAAUGGACAUCAUGCGAACGGAACGACCGGUCAGAAGAACGAUAAGAAAGAAGCGGUAGCAGCAGCAUCUGUGGAGGACAAAUCGCCCAAGACGAGUGGAAACGGAACGACAGCCACCAUCAACAACAACAACAGCAUCAACAAUAACAACCACAGCAGCAAUGGCAACGGAUCGACGACGCCGCCGGCCACGAUGGAGAAAAUCAUUGACGACACGAAAAAGGUCCUUACCGUCACCGAUGGGGCCGUUUCGGGCAAGAUGGCACUGAACGGAACGACGGAACCGGCGCCAGCGUCGCAGACCAACGGAAACGGUACCACCGAGCCGAGCAAGACGACGGAGGGCAAGAAGCUGAACCUACCGAUGACCGCGGCCGAAAUGCGAGCGCAGCUCGCCGCCCGCAAGAAGUACGACCCGAAGAGCGAAGUGUGCGAUCUGCGUAAAAAGUACGAAAUCAUACAGAAAAUGUGAGCCACCAGGCGCGUUUGAAACCGAACGGUUAGUUAGUUUCGUUAGUUUCACCCUUUUGUUUUUGUCCCACGCACCUAACUUUCCUUCAGGACGAACUGUUAAAGUAGCGAACACUCCACCAUUAUGUUGGGUGUACUAAGCAAAGCCACCUUAGUUAGAGAUAGAGUGUACUCGACCAACCACAGCGGAGGCCUUAUCCAUACCGCGAUGU